AUAUAUGCCGACCGCGCGGCGUUGCUGCCUCGCACCACCCGCGCGUCCCCUCCCGCGCCUCCCCUCGACGCGGCCUCCGGACGCCCUCGCUGCGAGCGCACGCUCCCGCUCUCCCGCCCGACGCCGCUGCCAGCCGCGCUGAUCCGCUGCCGCCCUCUGCGCGCAGAAACCAUGCUUUCCACCGUUGCUCUGGCUGUCCUCGACUCCGUCCAGGCCUUCUCGGCCCCGGCGAUGCGCGCGCCGGCGCGCUCGUCCGCCGUGACCAUGUUCUCGGAGGGCGACAUCGGCGUCCUGCCGCCGCUGGGCGUGUACGACCCGCUCGGCCUGAUUGAGACCCGCAACAUGUACCGCUACGAGUGCAUGGAGGUCAAGCACGGCCGCGCGGCCAUGCUCGGCUUCCUCCACAUCAUCCUGAUCCAGGCCGGCGCGCGCUUCCCCGGCUACCUCUCCCCCACCGCCGGCCUCAAGUUCGCGGACGUGCCGUCGGGCUGCUUUGCGUCGCUCGAGGCGCUCCCGACCGCGGGCUGGCUCCAGAUCAUGCUCACCACGUGCAUGAUGGAGACGGGCUACUUCAUCUUCGAGUACCAGGGCUACGGCGCCCUCGACAAGGAGCCGGGUGACAUUGGCGGCGAGGGGUGGAUCCGCUACGACGACGCGUCCACCAAGACCUUCAAGCUCAACGUCGAGCGCCAGAACGGCCGCGCGGCCAUGCUGGGCGUGACCGGCUGCCUGGUGCACGAGCUGCUCGGCGUCAACGCGCUCUACCCGACCGGCGGCCUCGGUGGCGAGGCGCCGCCGGCCAUCUUCUAGAUAUGCCCGCGGCAGGGUUAUGGCUAGGAGCGCAGCUGCAGGGGAUGGCGGCGGGCGGCCGAGUCGGCCUCUCGCUCUCCAUGCGCCGAUUCGUGCGCACGUGAGUGUGAAUUUUUCAAACUGAAAAUGUAAGAAGAUCACAGC